AUUCGGCUCGCAGCGUCGCUCAGUCCUCCCGCUUCCUUUCCUUCUCGCACCCCUCCUUCCUUCCUUCCUUCCGCCGGGAGCGAUGGAGCCGGGGCGCCGGGCGGCCGCGGCGCUGCUGGCGCUGCUGUGCGCUGGCUGCGCGCUGCGCUCAGGGCGCGCCCAGUACGAGCGCUACAGCUUCCGCAGCUUCCCUCGGGACGAGCUGAUGCCGCUCGAGUCGGCCUACCGGCACGCGCUGGACCAAUACAGCGGCGAGCACUGGGCGGAGAGCGUGGGCUAUCUGGAGAUCAGCCUGCGGCUGCACCGCCUGCUACGCGACAGCGAGGCCUUCUGCCACCGCAACUGCAGCGCGGCGCCGCAGCCCGAGUCCGCCGCCGGCCUCGCGCGCUACCCGGAGCUGCGUCUCUUCGGGGGCCUGCUGCGCCGCGCGCACUGCCUCAAACGCUGCAAGCAGGGCCUGCCGGCCUUCCGCCAGUCGCAGCCCAGCCGCGAAGUGCUGGCCGACUUCCAGCGCCGAGAGCCCUACAAGUUCCUGCAGUUCGCCUACUUCAAGGCAAAUAAUCUUCCAAAAGCCAUUGCAGCUGCUCACACCUUUCUACUGAAGCAUCCUGAUGAUGAAAUGAUGAAGAGAAACAUGGCUUAUUACAAGAGCCUGCCCGAUGCCGAGGACUACAUUAAAGACUUGGAAACCAAGUCGUAUGAGAGCCUGUUCAUCCGAGCUGUGCGGGGGUACAACGGUGAGAACUGGAGGACAUGCAUCACGGACAUGGAGCUGGCCCUUCCUGACUUUUUCAAGGCCUUUUACGAGUGUCUCGCUGCCUGCGAGGGCUCCCGGGAGAUCAAGGACUUCAAGGAUUUCUAUCUUUCCAUAGCAGAUCAUUAUGUGGAAGUUCUGGAAUGCAAAAUACAGUGUGAAGAGAACCUCACCCCAGUUAUAGGAGGAUAUCCAGUCGAGAAAUUUGUGGCUACCAUGUAUCAUUAUUUGCAGUUUGCUUAUUAUAAAUUGAACGACUUGAAGAACGCAGCCCCCUGUGCCGUCAGCUACCUGCUCUUUGACCAGGACGAUAAGGUCAUGCAGCAGAACCUGGUGUAUUAUCAGUACCACAGGGACAAGUGGGGGCUCUUGGAGGAGCAUUUCCAGCCCAGACCAGAAGCAGUUCAGUUCUUUAACGUGACGACACUCCAGAAAGAGCUGCAUGACUUUGCUAAGGAAAACAUAAUGGAUGAUGAUGAGGGAGAGGUUGUGGAGUAUGUGGAUGACCUCUUGGAGCUGGAGGAGACCAGCUAGCCCCCAGCAGCCAGAGAGACUUCCUCUUGAUGUUCAGGAAACACAGAUUCUUUGUCUUCCUUUUCCUAAUAGUACAAGUUGUUGAUACCUCG